AUGCCAAACUCCGAAGCGCAUAUUUCAGCGUUUGUGGGAGUGUCAUUAGUUCUCUUGGCUGUCUGUCCAUCAGAUGCCUUCAUCCCGGUGCAAUGUCUGCACAACGUCAGUGGAGCGGGCGGCAGCGGAGUCUGCUGUCCACGCUCCAGCCUUAACAACAAGAUCUGUGGUGGAACCGGUCGUGGCAGCUGUCUAGGCCUCUAUGACGCGAAGGAAGACCUCGAUAACCCGGAUCUCCUUGCAGACGAUCGCAUGCGCUGGCCCAGACGGUUCUUCAGUCAGCUCUGUCGCUGUGAGGGCAACUUCUUUGGGCUAGCCUGUGAUGAAUGCUGGUAUGGUUGGACGGGACCGAACUGCGAACAACGGGAGACAUUUGUUAGGCGCAAUGUCUUGUCUUUCAGCCCGGAGGAACGUAACAAAUUCAUUUCCGUUGUAGCGGAAAUGCCAAGUACUGGUACUGACCGGCUUAUAAUGCUCGAGAAGGACACGCUGCAUUCAGAUCCCCUCAAUAACCCCAUAUUUAUGCCCUCCAAUCUGCAGUACCUAAUUACUUUUAUCCACGACUACACCAGCCGGGGUACUCUGCUGACUGACCCCGCUAAGUGUAAGCAGAGUGGAUACCUAGACAAUAACCACAACGUUGUUGGUUUUCUCACUUGGCACCGUUAUCUCAUGUUGACAUGGGAGCGUGAACUCAGAAAAAUUGCCACCCAGCGCUACAAGUGGUAUGACUUUGCAUUCCCCUACUGGGAUUGGAUAGAUGCUAAGGAGUGUGAGGUGUGUACUAAUAGCCUAGUUGGCGCACCUGGACCGUGGAUCGGUGGAAAACGUCUCCUGCAUCCUGGGAGCAUAUUCGCCAACUUUACAGAAUACUGUUCCCUGCCGAAGCCGGGAAGGGAUCGCUGUUUCGGGUGCCAAGUCAACUGGCCUGCUACUACU